AUGUACACUUCCUUCUGGGAUUCGAGCAAGAUCUACUUGGUGCUCGAAUACGCAGAGGGUGGAGAACUCUACAAAUCACUACGGACAAGGAGACGUUUCGAAGAAGCGGAUGCAGCAGUGUACAUGCAUCAAAUGGCCGACGCAUUGAUCUACUACUUUGGCUGGUCAGUCCAUGCUCCCGGAAAGAAGCGCCAAACCAUGUGUGGAACGAUGGAUUAUUUGCCACCCGAAAUGAUACUUGGCCACCGACACGGCGAACAUGUGGAUUUAUGGUCGCUCGGCGUCUUAUGCUACGAAUUUCUCGUGGGAUCUCCACCCUUUGAAAGCGAUGAUACGAGUUACUUAUCGAAAGAUUCGACAUGU